AUGCGUGGACUCGACGGAAGCACUGAAGCUCUGCUCCGCGUUGGCCAGGGCGCGCAGGAGCGCGUCAGACACGGCUGGGAUGCCUUCGUGAACUUUGCUGCUCGCGACAACGUUCUUGAGGUCGCGCUGGGUUUGAUAAUCGCAAAUGCGUUUACUAAAGUCGUGACGUCUUUUGUGUCCGAUGUGGUCUUGCCGGUUGUUUCACUGCUUCCGUUUCUGAAUCGGAAUAUGGAUCAGAAGUUCGCGAUCCUCUCCAAGAGCCCCAACUUUGUCGAGGGCGAAGGGUAUAACACGGUCAAACAAGCCCGGGAUGAUGGGGCGCUUGUGUUGGCCUGGGGUGCUUUUAUCGAGAACUUCGUCAACUUUGCCGGGGUCAGCCUUACGCUGUUUGCAGUGGCCCAUCUGUAUAUGCUCGUCUCCCACAACAAGAUCAUCAAGCCUACCGUUCGAUGCAGAUAUUGCAAAAAGUAUAUCAGUGCUGAGGCCUUGCGGUGCAUGAACUGCUCAACAUGGCAAGACGGCAGAGAAGACCUACCCAAGGACAACAUGAAUUUGAACAAUGACGAGGAGUAA